AAUCCCGGGAACUUGCAGCGGAAUUCCAUGUUCCCUGGGCAAARGUUGGCAGCUGGAUUGUGUGGGGGAGAAAACGCCCUAUUUUGGGAYGAAAAUGCAAUGUUUUUGUGGCUGCCUUUCAGCCUGAGCUAGGAAAAACAAAUUUCUUGCAGGCAGUUGGCUUCCGUCGUUCUCCAUCUUUUUGAGGUUCAUCUCUUUUCUUCCCUCUUUGUGAUGAAGGGUUGGAAACCCUAUGACAAAUGAGUAACGUUCUCCAGUCUCAGCUGGGAGCCUGAAAAGAUGCACCGAAAGCAGAGUUCUAAGAACUCAAAGCAGCCUCUGCAAGUUCACCACAGCAAUCAAACCGACCUCUCUGCAUGGCGAAAAGGAGGGAAAACCGAGAAAAGCCUUCAGAAACAUCAAUCUUAUAACAGUCAGGUGAAUGAAAGCAAGCGAGACUCCUUCGAGCAAGCUCUGAGCUACUUUGAGAAAGUUCAAGAUCCGGUUUCACUGAGAAAGAAUGAAGUUUUGCAGAAACACUUGGCCACSGUGGAAAGCACUGCCCUCGAAAAAGGAUUACCCCCUGAAGCAUUCGAUGUGUUGCUGAAUGUGGCACUCAGUGGCAAAUUUGCUGAUGCAGUGAAUACUCGGUUACUGAAGUGCCUAAUUCCAGCCUCAGUAAUACCCGAAAGUUCUUUGGUUUCAUCUGUAUCUUGGCUCUGUGUCAGCAAAUGCUCAGGCAGCAUCCAGCUGCUUUUUCUAAGAUGGCUGAUUGCCAUGUUCGACUUCAUUGAUCACAAGGACCAACUUCAUGCCCUCUAUGGUUUCUUCUUCUCCUUCCUGCAAGACGAGAAGAUGUGCCCCUAUGUCUGUCACCUGCUUUACCUGCUGACCAGGAAAGAAAGUGUCAAGCCUUUUCGCAUUAGGAAACUGCUAGACCUCCAGGCAAAAAUGGGAAUGCAACCUCAUCUGCAGGCUCUGCUAUCGCUUUACAAGCACUUUUGUCCAGAACUGAUCUCCAUAACCCUUCCUGGGAAGAUGAAGACCUACUUCAAGAAUUCAGAGGGCCCAUGGAAGGCAGCAAUGAGCACAAUAAGGCGAAGAAACCAGGAAAAAUCUCCAGUCUCCCAGCCACUGCUCCUAGGCACAACUCAACAUCAGUCUCGGAAGAGAAAAUGGAAUACCCAGUUGAUCUUACCCGCAAGUAGUGCCAGCACAAGUCAUUUAGCAGAGGUCAAGGAUAAGAACAGUGAUUUAUACAGUAUCAGUGAAUCUUUUCCAGUGGAACAGCUACAGACCUUUUCUCAGCUCCUACAAAAUAUCCACCAUCUAGAGCUUCCUUCCCAGAUGGGUUCUGUGCUAACACAUCCCUUGUUGCUUCACUACAUGAAUUGCAUCAAAGAUGAGUCUAUUUACCUGAGGCUCCACUAUUGGAUGGGCCAGACUCUUCAGGAAGAAUGCACUUGGUGUGUGGUUGAUAGUAGUCAAUAUGAGGAAGAAUUCAAGGACUUCCUGGAAAUAGUCCACAAGACAGAGUGUUUCUUGCAGGAGGGAUUUUCUUCCUGUGAAGAGUUCCUGUAUAGAAGYCUUCCUUUCUGGGAUGGCUUCUGCUGCCGAUCACAAAUCCUUAGACUCAUGACUUGGAUCCCACUCAGCAGCUUCUCUGAAAUGAAGUCGCAUCUCUAUGGUCCCCUGGCACAGCUCUUUUUCACGUCUUCCCUUUAUUUUAAGUGCAGUGUUCUUGAGAGCCUGAAAGAGCUGUUGCAGAACUGGUUAAAUUGGCAUGUGAUUCAGCUGGAUUCAGAGUCUGAUUCUCAAGGUUAUUCAUUGAACACCACUCUUUCUGGGCUAGUGAACACCGUGGCUGAACUGAUCCACUUUGUUGGAUGGAUCUCUACUCUUGGACUGCGCUUGGAAGGCAGUGCUACUUUCCUGCUGUAUUUCAUUCUGGAUUUCUAUGAGACGGUGUGUGACAUUUAUCUGCGGUACAACCUGCCUUUGUUGAUAAUGCCUCCUGCUGGAGUCUUCUACCCAGCUCUGCUCAGCAUGGAUUCUGUCAGCUUGAAUCAGCUCUGCUACAUCAUGUACAGAUACCGAACCAACUUGGUAGCUGCAAAAGAAAAUGAGCAGAUUAAAAAGAAAAUACUGCAAUUCAAGUUCAGUAGUCAGACCUACCAAGAAUACAACCAGUAUCUAACAGCCAUGGUGGGGUGUCUGUGGACAUCCAAUGCCUUCCAGAAGGACGUUCACCCUCAAGGUCUUCGUCUGGAUGAAGAAGUGCUAAAGAAAACCAGAGUGAAGGACUUUAAAAACAGCUUUAAYGUUGUCUACCACCCAGCCCUGAUGGGUUAUGCUCUCCUCUUCCUGCAGCAGGCYUGGCCAGAUGAUAACACCUUCAACUUCAGUUUAAUUAAGGGAAGGAAGUGGAACUGGUAUCUGGAAUAUCUCUAUGCACAGGGUUUAAAAGGCUUGAAACUCUUUAUUGAAAGCAGCAUCAAUCGUGUUUCUCCGGCCUCUCAAAUUAAAGAAAGGAAUAUGUAAGUGUAACCCUGGGACUCGCUAGAGCCUUUGGACCACYGGAGAGCAGAAUCUAGUGGACUGCAUCACUAAUCCUUUCUUCCAUGAAGGAAAGAAACUGAGUGGAAUUAGCCUUGUCUGCGUUUUGAUACUGACGUUUAUUUUAGAAAAGUGAAAACACAGAAGGAACAAUUAGGCUGGUUUGGUUCAUUAACACUGAACCCCUCUGUCCCUGCUGAGCUUUUUGAUCUGAAGCUACUAAGUUCAUGUGCUGUGCAACAUCCACAUUUUCAACCAUUUUUCUUAUAAGGAAUAGCUGUUUUGACUGAGGGACAAAUAUUUUCCAUUUCCAAAGUGCAACGAGCAGAGCUGCUUCAUUUAGAAGGAAUAUCUGCUACCUGACCUGCUUUGCUUCUCUCAACAGUAGGUAACGAGGAACAACUUAAUCAGCCUUUCAAGGAUACUGUGUGUAUACUGGAUGGGAGGACUGCAAGCUUCCUGAAACCCCUCUUACGUGAUGUAUAUUCUGGGUCUACGCCUCUGUAAGAGGCUGGCCAGACUGCCCUUCUAAAAUAUUUGUUUCUGUAUGAAACUUCCAAAAGAUGCUUUUUGCUAGCAUUGCUUGUGAUGUUCUUGUAAUGCAUCUGGAAUAAUUGGUGCCCAAAUGAUGGUUUAUUGAUGCUUUGAGUACCAGUGUAGCCAGCAGGUCACCAUUUUCUUUGAUAAACUCAAAUGUAACUUUCCUUUUUUUUUAAGCUCUGUACAUGUUGUGUAUUAUAUGUGUACAUAUGUAUAAUUUAUAUUCUGUGAAAUGCUUCCCAUUUGYCAUUUUGAAGGCAUUCUACUACAAAAUAUCUUUUCUCAUGUGAUUUCCUUUUAGCGCUUAGUAGAAGUCAGGAGAAGAUGAACUCAGGACAUCAGAACUGGGAUGAACUUUAUUUCGCUGCUGUAAAAUUAGGUUAUUACUACUCAGAAGAUGGGCAGAGAAUGCUGAAAUUUGCGUUGUGAAUUUGUACUUUGAUCAAAUAAAAGGAAUGACUUUA